AUGUCACGAAAAGAUAUUGUCGAAAUCCGACUUGUAUGCAAAACCGAUUAUCUUGACCCAAAAUUAAAAGACAAACUAUAUGAAAUUAGAAAUAAACUAAGACAAAUACUUCAUAUAGGUCGAAGAAGAUUUGCUUUAAAAAAAAUACAACCAUGGAAUAGUAUAAAAGUUACAUUUGAUAUUCCAAAAGAGGCAGCUGAUCGACUACGUUUACUUGCUAUUGAAGGCAAUGUACGUCUCAUUGAACUCGAUGAAAAAUUAUCUUCUACAUCUUCAUUUAAUUUAACUCAUACAAGAAAUUUUUCUUUAAAUACAAAACGUAAUAAAUGUGAUUCUAAAUGA